UGUGAAAUUACUAUUUUUAAAUUUAACAUGCAACACUGAAACAUACUUUCGUUUGUUUAUAAAAAUUGGGAUUAAAUUUUGACAUUUUACCUGAAAAAGCGGUCAUCAUACAAGUAAGUUGUGUAUUAAAUAUAUAGAUAUGUCCACUGAAGAUUUCUAUUUGCGGUAUUAUGUAGGCCAUAAAGGAAAAUUUGGUCACGAAUUUCUUGAGUUCGAAUUUCGGCCAGAUGGUAAGCUACGCUACGCCAACAACUCCAACUAUAAAAAUGAUACAAUGAUUCGAAAGGAAGCAUUUGUUCAUCAGUCUGUGAUGGAGGAAUUGAAACGAAUUAUAAUUGAUUCUGAAAUAAUGCAGGAAGAUGAUUCACCGUGGCCUCCGCCAGAUCGCGUCGGACGUCAGGAAUUAGAAAUUGUUAUUGGCGAUGAGCACAUUUCAUUUACUACUUCCAAAACAGGUUCAUUAGUAGAUGUAAACCGAUCUAAAGAUCCAGAAGGUCUGCGCUGCUUUUACUAUUUGGUACAAGAUUUGAAGUGCUUGGUUUUCUCACUCAUAGGAUUGCAUUUUAAGAUUAAACCCAUAUAAACAUAAUUCCAUUAUACAUAAUUUCUAUGUAAAAUUAUUUUGAUUUUAUGUUUUCAUUUAGAAUAUAAAUACAAUUGAGUAAUACAUAUUGACAAGCUAAAUCAAUAAAGUUAAAAUAAUUC